AUGGUAGAGCAACCUCAAGUUCGGCGAUUUUCACCGAUGUUUAUGGAACGUCUGCGUUUUUUUGAAGACCGUCCGACGAUAAUUCACGGUGAAGCAGAAAAAUCUGUAGUACAGUCUAUUACGCCUAGCUACAAAAGUGUUAGUAAAAGACAAGUACAAAAAAUGGAUUUUGGUUCAGAUUUAAAUUUACCAGAAGCUGUUGGCGAUUAUAAGAUAUGUUUUUUUAAUGAAAUUUAUUUCAUUUUUCAUGUGAAAGAAACGCAGGAUCAUUUCAAAUUACAAAUUAUUGAUCCAAAAGUUACCUCGAACGCAUCGAUGCCUGCGCAAAAUCGAGAAAUUCCACGAAUUCAACGGCGAAAUUUAGAUUUUCCAAGUGAGCACAGUAAAAGAUCGUUUCUGAAAUUGGAGCCAAUGCAACAAAGAAAAUUACGGGCUGUUGAAACACGCCCUGUCACAACGAGUGCAUACUUAACAGAAAGCCUUGAUCGACAUCGUGAUAUGGAAGCAUCCCGAUUGAAAGAUUACUUACAAGCACGGGAAAAUGAUGCUAAUAAGCCAUGGGAUAAGCCUCAAUGGCCUGGUCCAAAGGCUACAAAAUCAAAUGAUCAAUCACUUAAAGAACUUGCUGAAAUCAAGAAGCCUAGGAAGGAUGAUGAUGAUAAUGAUGAUGAUGACCUUGAUGAUUGA